GUGCUCGAGCCGCAGCUGCAGACGGCGCAGUCGCGGCUGCGAGUGGAAUGGAUGUAGUGGCGGGUUGGGAAACACUGCCUUCUCCCGGACACCGUCUCGCAGCCACAGGGGCAAGAAGCAUUUGGUGCAGCACCGUGCAGGUUAUUAUCAUAUGUCAGCUGCCCAGGAUAAGUGACAGGAUUGUGGCCAGCGUGAAUCUGAAUUAGGAGUAUCACCGCAGUGGCUGUGAAGUUUUAUUUUCUCUCUCCUUCGUGAUCAACCCGGUUUCUACGUUUUUUGAAGAAGUUUGGCUAUUGUGGAUUUGGAAAUGUUUCUUCUGCACGGACUGGGGAGGACUCUGUUGAUUCUAGAGUUACUUGAGACCAUGACAUUGGCACACUGGCAGAAUGAGCCAUUGCAGAUCAUCAGAGACUUGGACAGCCAGAUUGAGGCUUCCAUGCAUUCUGUAUUGGGGCAGGACACGCCUGCCGUGACCUUCAGUGUCCCUGAUGGCUCUGCAUACAUCAGCCGGGCCUUUGCAAUGAGAAUCCCAACUGAAGGACUACCUGCCCAUGCUGUGUUGAAGGUGACAGAGUCUGGGAAGGAUACUCUGCCCUCCUGGCUGCACUGGGAUUCUGCAAGUCAUUCUCUACAGGGGCUCCCGCUGGACACGGACAGGGGUGUGCACUACAUCUUGGCCGUUGCCAUGGAACCAGCUGCUAAUGGAAGCCUGGUGCCUUUUGCUGAAGACGUUUUCUCUGUCGAGGUGCUGCCUGAUGACACAUUGGAAAGUACACCCCUUGGUGUGUCGUCACAACUGGUCAAUGAGGUCACACCACUGGUCUGUGCACAUGAGGAGCCACUUACCAUUCUGACAGUGAUCCUGGAUGCUGACCUAACUAAGAUGACAGCUAAGCAACGCAUCGGAUUGUUGGACAGAAUGCGCAAGUUUGCCGAGGUGGGUCUCAAUCAAAUGAAGCUUGUUCCGGUGGUCAACAAUCGUUUGUUUGACAUGUCUGCCUUCAUGGCAGGGCCUGGGAAUGCCAAGAAGGUUGUGGAGAAUGGAGCUCUACUAUCCUGGAAGAUUGGGUGUUUCUUAAACCAGAACAAUGUCCCGAACAUCAGCAACGUUGAGGUCCCUGCCAAGGAGGGUACCAUGUCAGCACAGCUUGGCUAUCCUGUUGUGGGGUGGCAUAUUGCCAACAAGAAACUGCAGGUGACCAAGAGAGUGCGACGGCAGAUAAAUCCCACGCCAACCCCCAUCAUUGUGCCCUUGCCACCGACAACUGCUGUGAAGGAACCUCCAACCCGCAUAGUCCCAACACCCACCUCUCCAGUUAUUGCUCCCACUACAGACAGAGUGGCACCGCCCAUCAGGAAACCAUUGAUCAGCAGGCCCAUUAAAACGGUCAGACCAAAAGAUACAAUAACGCACACACCCACUCUUGGCCCAGUGCAGCCGACAAGAGCACUGGAAAAAUCAAGCACAACUGUGCCCGGUCAGAUCGAGCCGACUGGAACGAGACCAGGUUAUGUGGAGCCCACAGCUGUGCCAUUCCCACGUGGGACCAAAAGGCCACGGGUCACCACUUUGAAGCCCCAGAUUACAACUCCAACCACCAUGACCACAAGCACUAAGAAAACAAAGAUGCGGACCAAGGCACCACGUGUGACUGCCAUACCACCCAUCACCGGGCUUCAACCGACCACGCCACCUACCAGGCGCCCUGUCUAUGCCACCAGGCCUGGCCGGGUGACGAUUCCUGGCAACCGACCACCCAAACGCAUGAAUCACAUUGACCGCGUGGACUCGUGGGUGGGCACCUACUUCGAGGUCAAGAUCCCAUCUGAUACCUUCUACGACUAUGAAGAUGGCACCACUGAUCAGCUCCAGCUGACCCUCAAGCUCAAGGAACAACAACCGCUGAGUGAGAACUCAUGGGUGAAGUUCAACAGCACCAGCCAGCUGUUGUACGGCUUACCGGAAGCUCACCACGAAGGCAAGCACGAGUACUUCAUGCAUGCUGCAGACAAGGGCGGCCGCACUGCGGUGGACGCCUUCGAGGUCCACGUGCACAACCGCCCUCACGAUGGCAAGUCGAGCGUCAAAUUUGCUGCUCGUUUCCACGGUGACCACCAGAAGGUGACCAACGAUGUCAACAAGAAAAUCCAACUGAUCAAGAAGCUGGCCUCCGCCUUCAAUGACCGCAACAGCAGCACAGUGACUUUGCACAGCAUCUCCAAGGGCUCCAUUGUGGUUGAGUGGAGCAACAACACUCUGCCACUUGACCCCUGUCCGGAGGAGCAGAUCCGCUUGCUCAGCAGCCGCAUUGGGGAUGACGGCGGCAGACCUACGCCAGAGUUCGUGAAUACCAUGGAACCAGAGUUCUCGCCCAUCAACGUCUCAGUAACCGGGACGGGGAGCUGCAAGAACAUCCAGUUUUUGCCAGUGGUUCAGCCGAGGGAGGUCCCCAUCUCCCCAUCAGUCGCUGUGGUUGAAGGCGAGGUGCCAUCCAGGACCAGCAAUGAUGAUGUCUACCUGCACACAGUCAUCCCUGCUGUGGUGGUGGCUGCCAUCCUCCUCAUCGCUGGGAUCAUCGCCAUGAUCUGUUAUCGCAAGAAACGGAAAGGGAAACUCACCAUUGAGGACCAAGCCACCUUCAUCAAGAAGGGCGUCCCCAUUAUUUUUGCAGACGAACUUGAUGACUCCAAACCCCCUCCUUCAUCGAGUGUCCCACUCAUCCUCCAGGAGGAGAAGCCCCCUCUCCCUCCCCCCGAGUAUCCCAGCCAGUCUGGUCAUGAGUCUAUCCCUCUCGGCCAGGAUCUGAUUGGUGAAUACACACCUCUGAGAGAAGAGGAUCCCAAUGCACCACCUUACCAGCCCCCACCGCCCUUCACAGCACCAAUGGAAGGAAAAGGCUGCCGUCCAAAGAACAUGACCCCUUACAGAUCCCCACCUCCCUACGUCCCACCCUAAUAGUUGGAGGACCUUGGGUUCCAGACUCCCCCUUCUUCCCCUAUCCCCAUCCCAACCUUCCCCACCCCUCCCCUCCCCCACCUGUCCUGCCCCACUUCACCACCACUCAGUGCUGUCUGUAGGAAUGGAAGCCUGCUGCAAUUUUUAAUUUUUUGGAGCACUGGGUUUGUUAGUUCGGAAGCAAAGUAUUGUUGGAGUUUCACUGCAGCUCCUAACACUGAGCACCUCCCCCAUUUGUUGGGAUGAUCUCCACCAAUGAGCAUUGUUUCCUUGAUCUCUUACAUACGUUGUAACUGCAGGCUUCGGAACAUUUGUUUUAAAAUGCUAAAGAGACCACGGUCAGCACUGGGGGACGUUUGAUACAGUUUGCCUUUAACACUAAUUGUACUGUUUUCUAUUCACACGUGUCUAGCAACGGAAGUAUAACAAAAUGAUAGCCUAAUGUAAAUGUCAGAGACUGUACUGAAAUCGGUUUGUUUUACAUUUAAUCCACUGUACCUAAACUUAUACUUCUAGUUUGGCCAUGGUUAAUUGUUUUAAGAUACAAUUUUACUCUGCUCUGGCUUUUGGGACACCUUGUCGACUUCAGUUCUGCUUGUCAAUCAUUUCUUGCUGCAAGACCUUUGUUUACAGUUCUCCAAUUCCUUCCUUUACUGUCACCAGUUCCUCAGUGCAUCUGGUGUUGGUUGCAAAGCCGGCCAGCACCCUGCACGGCAGCACUGCCCAUCUUUUGCGCUGUAUGCUCAGAUUUGGUGUGCCCUUCACCUCCUGCCUCCUCUCUGCCUUGCAUGCUGUCUAUCUCCCCAAGCUCUCCAUUCAUUUCUCGCCUGCACUGCAUUUCAUGCUCUGUUGUGCCCUCUCCCUCUCCAGUCUGUACAGUUAGUAUAAAGUUGCUCAUUUGUCGAGUCCUGCUACUCCUCUCUCAGCUGCUUGGCUGCAGACAGACAGGGGUCUUAUGAUAGAUUAUAUUCUAGUCAGCCGGAAAUGAUUAAAAUAAAUUCAAUCUAAUUUUUUUACUAAAUUUUUGAUACAGCCUCAAUCCUUUUAUUAAAAGCAUACUGCAAUUUGUAAACGCUUGGCUUCUUAGGAAUUAUUAAAAAUGAAAUUGGUUUUGAUUUUUUUCUUCUUGCUCUCUAUCUAUCUUCUCUUUUCAUAGAUCACCAUAUAAAUUUUAAUUUAGAAGGUUUUUAAAAAGAAAUUACUGCUUUUAUUUUUAAAGAUGAUUAUUCUCACAGGAUAUCAUAUAGGUGUGAUGCCUGUCACAUUUUACUGGACUGAACUACAAGGAGAUGGUAUUUGAAACUUGGACUCACAAAAAAAAAUCAUUGCAAUAAUUGUGUGCUGCGCUAGCUUGGGUGGUCCAUCUUUAGGACUGGCUUAAUGCGCACACCAUGGGAUCUUGAAGCCAUAAUAGAACAUGGCGCGCAUGCCCCUAUGUGAGCGCUUGGAUCUGCAUUGGCCAGGAGAGAUCUGAUUCAUCCAUCGUCAUGAUGAUUGGUGGGCAAAUCAAAACAGAAUAAUGCAUUGUUAGCCAUUUUACUUUUUACAGUUAUUAGUGAACAUUUUAUUUAUGCCACUAGGCACUGUAUGUUGGAAGUCUUGUAUUAAAAUGUGUUUUCACCAAA